AUGUUAUCCCCUUGCUUGCUACAGUCCGGAGUAGCAGCUACGCAGCAGUCAAAACGCUUCUCCGUGUUGAAUCGACCGCCUCCCAACUAUCCGGGACAUAUUCCCCUCACGACGAUAGAGAGACUUGGUUUGGCCGCUGGGUCGGGGCUGAUGUCAUUUAUUGAUCCUCGACGUGGAGAUCUGGUUGCAGCACUGGGUGAAGCCACUGCCACGCCAUACUUUAUUUACCGGCUACGAGACGCAAUGCUUUCGGACCCGACAGGCAGACGGAUCCUACGUGAUCGACCACGGAUUACAUCUGACAAUAUGCCUUUGACAUUCCUACGCACAUUGCCUGAGAAUAGCGUGGGCCGGGCAUAUGCAGCAUGGCUUGACAGAGAAGGGGUGUCACCUGAUACGCGGGCGGGUGUGCGAUACAUUGACGAUGAAGAAUGCGCAUAUGUGAUGCAGCGGUAUCGAGAGUGCCAUGACUUUUACCACGCCAUUACGGGUCUGCCCAUUAUACGUGAGGGCGAGGUGGCACUCAAGGCGUUUGAAUUUGCCAAUACACUGCUGCCCAUGACAGGACUGAGCAUCUUUGCGUUUAUGCGGCUCAAGCCUGCAGAGAGGAAACGGUUCUACAAUACCUAUUUCCCUUGGGCCGUUGAGAACGGAGUCCGCUCAAAGGAGGUGAUCAAUGUGUAUUGGGAGGAACAGUUGGAAAGGGAUGUGGGUGAGCUCAGGACUGAGCUGGGCAUCGAGAAGCCACCGGAUCUUCGGGAAACGAGGAGAGUCCUCAGGGAGCAGAAGAAGAAGGAAAAGGAAGCAGCUCAGAAGAUGGCCGCUGCAGCGGUCUGA